AGAUGAGUCUCAGCCAAGUACUUGAGGACAUUGAAGAGAAGGGGAUCACCGCAGUGAGAUUUGAGCAGACUGACUUAAAUGGUGUGGCCCGGUCGAAGCUGAUCCCUUCCCGUCACUUCAAGGACAAAGCAGAAGGGGCAAACUUCUACUUGGGUCAUAUCGGUAUGGACGUCCAAGCCGGUGUGGUCUCCGGGACUGGAUUCUGCGAGGAAGUUGGCCAUUGCGACGCUGUCAUGCUGCCUGACUUCAGUACAUUCAAGGUGCUUCCAUGGGCGGAGAACACUGCCCGUAUUCUGAUUGAGCCGACUUACAAAGGCGAGUAUGUAUCUGCUCAUCCGAGGGUUGCGGCACGUAGGCAACUGGAGAGGCUGAAAGACCUCGGGUACUCCCUGUUUUCUGCUCAUGAACAUGAGUUCUAUGUUGUGGACAAGGACACCAAGAAGCCAAUCCACAGUGACAUCAAUGUCCGAGCCACAUUGAGGAUGGUUCCGAUACGGAACUUCCUCAAACAGAUUAUGGAGGAGAUGCCAAUUGCUGGUGUUGAUAUUGAACAAGUCGAAACGGAAUUAGGCCCUGGACAACUGGAAAUAACAUACAGACCAGCCUUCGGGAUUAGAGCUGCAGACAACGCCUUCACUUUCAAGACUGGCAUCAAAGAGAUCGCACUUCUCCACGGAUACCAAGCUUCAUUCAUGUCAAAACCGUAUCCCAACGAGAGUGGAUCAUCCGCACACUUCUGUCAUUCCUUGUAUCUUGCGGAUGAGAAAACGCCCGUAUUCUAUGAUGCCAGCAGCCCCACUGGUCUGUCCGAGGUCGGCGAGAACUGGGCUGCAGGAAUACUUGCCCAUGCUCCUGCGAUCGAAGUCCUCAUGGCUUCCUCAGUGAAUUGCUUGAAGCGAGUCGGUGCUCCUUUCUCCCCGAAAAAUGCCACCUGGGGUAUAGAAAACCGCUUUGCCAUGCUGCGCGUCAAGAUCAACGGCGACAAGGGCACCUAUAUGGAGAACCGUGCAGGAGCCGCUGGUGCCAACUGCUACCUGAUACUGGCUGCGACCGUUGCUGCGGGAAUAGAUGGCAUCAUCAAUAAGUACAAGCUUCCUGCAGAGGUUACCAAUCCAGGUGUAAGCCAUGAGGAAGUCACAAGCACGGCUGCCGAAUUGCCAAACAACAUGGAAACUGCUCUGGGGGCUCUUCUUAAUGAUGAGGUGAUAAGAAAUGCCUUUGGUGAGGAUUUCAUCAAGUGUUUCAGUGCUAUGAAGAUGCAUGAGGUCGAAUUGGCUAAACGGGCUAAAGCUAGAAGACAAGAGAAUUGGGAAUUUGAGUUUUAUUUUGAAUAUCUAUGAAAGAAAAAAGAUAUAAAUAUUUUGGACGUAUAGAUGUUCAUUUCAACAUUAAGGAUAUUGAGGAAAAUUCUGAGCGUAAUGAAAUAAUUUUGUUGAAUAGUGUAAGAUAAGAAUCGUUUUUUAACCAUCCACCAUUCGGGUCAUUUCAUAAUUACCAUUUUUUGCAAUCCGAAAUUGGGGUCAUUCGUUAUUCAUAAAACCGAAAAAGGAUCAAAAACCCAUUCACAGAAAAAACUCGUAUAACCUUGUUUACAAUGGCAACUGAUCCAAGUAUAUAAUGGUUAUUUUGUUACAAAUUGUUAUAAUAUACGGAACACAUGGGGGCGCUAGUCCUAAUGGGAGAAGAGGGUUGCAGGCUAGCUUCAUGAUCUGUUAGUGCGAAAAUCUUCUUGCUUUUGAAACUUUGGGCGGUUCGAUCGAUCCACCC